UUUCUGGUUAGGACCUUUACCAUCAUUGACACAAAAAAAAAAAAAGGAAAAAAAAAAGUGUGUAAAAUUACUGUUGUUAUACACACAAUAUGUGGUACAUAUAACGACGACUCUGGGCGGAUUUCUCCUUGGCGGGAUUGUUUCUCUUCCCCGAAACAGAAAAUGGGGCAGUUCCAGCUACUCCUCACACCGCUCAGACCUCAUACUUCAUUCAAACUCAUGCCCAUGGCCAUGCCUCAGCCUCUUUCUCAACCUCCCUUCAAUUCCCUUCCAAAACUUCCCUCCUUUUCUCGAACCCACACCGGAUUCAGUUUUCCCCUACUUUCUCUCUCCUCUCCAUCUCGACUCGUCUGCAAAACGAACGGUUCAGAUAUGAUAUCACAGCUUGAACUUGGGAAGUCGGAAGAGAAGCGGAAACCGGAGAAACGUGUGAAUGGAAUUUUCUGGAUCCUACUCCUUAAUCUCGGAAUUUACGCGGCAGAUCACCUGUUUCAGGUUCGGGGGAUCAAAGCAUUGUAUUUGUAUCACAAUUGGCCCGCUUGGUAUCAGUUUGUGACAGCAACUUUCUGUCAUGCUAAUUGGAACCAUCUCUCUAGCAACCUUUUUUUCUUGUAUAUUUUUGGAAAGCUUGUUGAAGAGGAGGAAGGAAACUUUGCAUUGUGGCUUUCUUAUAUCCUAACAGGUGCUGGAGCAAACCUUGUUUCUUGGCUGGUUCUCCCAAGAAAUGCAGUUUCUGUUGGAGCCUCUGGUGCUGUAUUUGGACUUUUUGCAGUUAGUGUCCUUGUGAAGAUGUCUUGGGACUGGAGAAAGAUCCUUGAAGUACUUAUACUGGGUCAAUUUGUCAUAGAGAAGGUGAUGGAAGCAGCUCAGGCUUCAACAGGGUUGUCAGGCAGUUUCCGUGGAGGCGCCUUCCAGAAUGUCAAUCACAUAGCACAUCUAUCUGGUGCUCUUAUUGGUGUAGCUUUAAUAUGGCUUCUGAGCAGAGUUCCUUCUCAGCCUCCAGACCAAAAUGUAUAGACUGUACGGAAUAAAACAGAUAGAAUUUGAUAAUUGAAUGUAACUUUGUAUUAUUUUUAUACGGAUAAUUGCAGAAGGAAAUUUGUCACGUAGUUUUUUGUUGUUAUUAUCCAUAACAAUGUUGCAUUCUUCCA